CGUCACUGUCCCGCAUAAGAAGUUCUAUGCGGGCAACAAUCUGCUCCUCUCCCAAUCCUCUUCCCCUUCGCUGGCAGAGAGGGUCACGGUGGUGCGCCUCGCCGGCGUCCACUCCUCUCCGCCGCUGCCGCGAUCACCACCGCCCCACCACCUUUCCUCGCCUCCAUGAUCAAAAUCCCAUCUUGAGGGAUAGAGUUGGGGUUUCCAACCGAGAAAAGGUUGAUCGGAUUGGCCGCCGACAGCAUCGAGGAGAAUCCUAGACAUGUUAGAGCCGUAGUCCCUUAGAAGAGGAUGGAUUACGGUGGACUAUUCGGUGUGGCGGUAGCGGUGGUGUCUGGGAGGACGUGGAAGGAUAACGCUACCGUGGCCGCUCGGCUCCGGUGGAGAAGAGAGGUGGCGAAAGAAUCCGACAGAAAACCACAAGUCUCGACGCGUGGACGGCCACAUAACGUACGGCCCGACAGAUGAGCGCGACUUGUUUGGUCUCCGCUCCAAAACCUCGUAAUUGGACUCGUCACCCUAAAAGAGAGACCUAUGCCGGAGGGAGAGUUUCGCAUGUGCCCACGACGACACCUGUUCACUCCUGGGCGCGUGGGAAGGGCUGUUAGUGGCGACGUGUCCUCGUAGCGCUCAAAAGCAUCAACUUAUGGGCUUAAGAGAGGACAGGCGUGAACAGCUGCAACAGGUGUCUCGGAGAAAAUGUUUGUUUAUAUAGCAGGGGAUAAGCUCCAAAGGCCUUAAAGAGGUUUUAUGUUGUUCGGGUUUCUCUUCUAAGGUUUCCGGUAGGAAAAAGCUGGGUUUCAGAGCCUCCAUUUAUGCUAAGGAAGUGGUUUUGUUUCACUGCUUUCUCUGUUUUUUCUUCUUUCGACGAAGAUAGAAAGUUUGAAAGAAAGAGAGGUCACCAUGAAGGUUCAUGAGACUAGGUCCCACAGCCAUGCCCACUCCUCUGCUGAGGAAGAAGGGAAGGUAGGGACAAGGAAGCAGAAGGCAGAGAACAAAGGACAGGAAAGUGAGCAACUGGCAUCUAAAAACAAGAAGGCAAAGGUGAUCAAUGACGAGAAUGGGGAUGCCGAUGGAAAAUCUGCAGCUGAUGUUGCUGCUGAGUUCGAGGAGUUCUGCAAGGCCAUGAGAGAGCACCUGUCCGUUGAAGAGAUGCGUAGGAUCCUUGAGGCUAAUGGCCAAGAUUCUGCUGGUUCUGAUGAUGCCAUCGUCCGCAGAUGCCAAGAUAUGAUGUUUUAUGGGCCUCUAGAGAGAUGCCCACUCUGCAAUGGCCAGCUUGAGUACACGGGGAGCAACUAUUCGUGCAGAGGUGCUUACAGUGAAUGGACUACUUGUACAUUCACUACAAGAGACUCGCCAAGGAAAGAGCAGUCCAUCAAGGUUCUUGAGGGGAUUGGGGACGCCGUGGUACUAGAGUGGGCUAAUAACCAAGACUCAAGGGCCCGUCAUCAGCGGGAGUUGACUCCAUUGGAUAAGCCUCUGGCUGGUAUGAUGAUAUCUCUCUCUGGGCGGCUCUCUCGAACACAUCAAUGCUGGAAAGAGGAAAUUGAGAAGCAUGGAGGAAAAGUAUCUAACACUGUUCCUGGUGUUACUUGCCUAGUUGUGUCCCCUGCUGAACGAGAGAGGGGUGGUUCAUCUAAAGUGAUAGAAGCAAUGGAGAGGAGCAUUCCUGUGGUGAGAGAAGCCUGGCUGAUCGACAGCAUUCAGAAACAGGCAGCUCAACCCUUGGAUGCUUAUGAGGCUCUUUCUGAUCUUGCUCCAGAAGGGAGGGGAAUUCCAUGGGACAAACAGGAGCCUAGUGAAGAGGCUCUCGAGUCUUUAACAGCAGAGCUCAAGCUCUGUGGCAAGAGAGGAGUCUACAAGGACUCUAGGUUGCAGGAGCAAGGUGGCUACAUAUUUGAGAAGGAUGGAAUUCUUUACAACUGUGCAUUUUCCAUUUGUGAUAUGGGGAGAGGACAGAACGAAUAUUGCAGCACCCAGUUGAUCAUGGUGCCUGAGAAUCACUUGCAUCUGUAUUACAAGAAGGGACGAGUUGGAGAUGAUCCCAGAGCGCAAGAGAGGGUGGAGGAAUGGAGCAGUGUGGACGAUGCGGUGAAGGAGUUUGUUCGACUGUUUGAGGAGUUGACUGGCAAUGAAUUCGAGCCAUGGGAGAGAGAGAAGAAGUUUCAGAAAAAGCCUCACAUGUUCUACCCCAUAGACAUGGAUGAUGGCUUUGAUGUGCGUUACGGAGGUUUGGGUCUUCGUCAACUAGGAGUAGCCGCCGCUCACUGCAAGCUCGAACCAUCGGUUGCAAACUUCAUGAAAGUAUUAUGCGGCCAGGAAAUCUACAGGUAUGCUCUGAUGGAAAUGGGGCUGGACAGCCCAGAUCUUCCCAUGGGAAUGGUAUCUGAUGUCCAUUUAAAGAGAUGUGAGGAGCUGCUGCUUAAGUUUAGAGAGGAGCUCAGGUCAGUGCCAGACUCAGGUCACAAGGCCGAUGCACUGCGGAUGGACUUCAGCAACAAGUGGUUCACCCAAAUGCACUCCACUCGGCCAUUUAUAAUCAGAAAUCUGCAAGAACUUGCUGACCAUGUGGCUGCAGCACUGGAAACAGUAAGGGACAUCAAUGUUGCAUCGCGCCUUAUAGGGGACAUGACUGGAGCAACUGUCGAUGACCCACUGUUCGACCGAUACAAGAAAAUGGGUUGUUCCAUCACAUCUUUGGAUAAAGAAUCAGAAGAUUACAAGAUGAUCUUGAAGUAUUUGGAGAAGACAUAUGAGCCUGUCAAAGUUGGUGAUGUGAGCUAUGGGGUUUCAGUGGACAAUAUAUUUGCUGUUGAGGCAAGUGCUGGCCCCUCAUAUGAUGACAUAAAAAAGCUACCCAACAAGGUCCUCCUGUGGUAUGGUACUAGGAGUUCCAAUCUACUCAGGCAUUUGCAUAAAGGGCUCUUGCCAGCAAUUUGUUCGAUACCUGUGCCUGGCUAUAUGUUUGGAAAAGCAAUUGUAUGGUCGGAUGCAGCAGCUGAGGCUGCAAGGUAUGGAUUCACAGCAAUAGACAGGCCAGAAGGGUUCUUGGUCUUAGCUGUGGCCUCUUUGGGGGAUCAGAUCACAGAGAUAUCUAAUGCACCUGAGGAUACUAAAGCCCUGGAGGAGAGGAAGGUGGGUGUCAAAGGGCUGGGAAGGAAGAAACCCGAGGAAUCUGAGCAUUUUACUUGGAAAGAUGGUGUGAAGGUACCUUGCGGCCGCCUUGUUCCAUCCGAGUGCAAGGACAGCCCACUGGAGUACAAUGAGUAUGCCGUCUAUGAUCCUAAACAGGUGAGCAUAAGAUUUCUGGUGGGAGUGAAGUACGAAGAGAAGAACGUGGAGAUGGAUACUGCUGAAUAGAGACCUUUACCUUCAUUUUCCUGACUGCUUGUAUGCUAAGUUGGUGACUUCUCUUUUUUUUCUUUUGUAUGGGGACUUGUUUUGGAAGCCCUUUUGUAGCAAAGCACCAGGACUAAUCUAACCGGAUGACUUGAUAUGAGCGCACAAAUAUUUGUAUGUAUAUUGCUAAUUUGGUGACUUUUCUGGA